GUGGUGUAGGAACCGGGGAAACUUGCAUCAUCCGGGAGGGGGGCAGAACCGGAGGGCCCGUCGUUGUGGAGGAGAGGCAACACUACAAUAUGGACGUGAGCCACGAAGAAGAAGAAGAGAAACUCUGUGUUAUUUAAACUUUAAAGCGCCUCCUCCUCCUCCUCCUCCUGGACUUGUGGGGGAAAGUCUAACUUUACUCUGCAGCUCCGUGAGGCGUUUAAUGACGACCAGGAAAUUUUGAUGUUCGCCGCGCAGCAGCAGCAGGACAGCAUCCAGUGAAGCGGCCCAUCAAAGCUUGAAUGUACACGUUGAGCAAAGUGCAAGGUCCUGUCCGAGCACUGAUAUGAGCAGAGAGCAGCUCUAGACCACUGCUCCUCACCUUAACUCUUCGGAUAACUUAAUGUGCAUUUAAAAAGUUUUAUUUUUAUGAACUAGAUCCCCUUUUGUACUCAAGAUGUCUUGUCUGCUGCUAGGAGUCAUACGAAGACAUGGGGGUGUCGGAACAAGCAUUGGGAUCCGGUCCCUGGCCUCCAUCCCUUCACUACCCCCGGCUGUGGCUGACUUUGUGAAGGGAGCGGUGGAUGAGUGUAAACCUGCUAAUGUGCACGUUGUGACGGGGACACCAGAGGAAACAGCCAACAUCCUGGCCGGUCUGGAGAAGGAAGGGAUGGUCAAGAGGCUUCCCAAGUAUGAGAACUGUUGGUUGGCACGAACAGACCCCAAAGACGUUGCUCGGGUGGAAAGUAAGACUGUGAUUGUGACUAAAAACCAGAGGGACACUAUCCCCAUCCCUGCUGGAGGCACAAAGAGUCAGCUGGGCAGCUGGAUGAGCGAGUCUGACUGGCAGAAAGCCAGAGAGGAGCGUUUCCCCGGCUGCAUGGCAGGUCGCACCAUGUAUGUGAUUCCCUUCAGUAUGGGUCCUGUUGGAUCAACUCUGUCUAAAUACGGUGUCCAGGUAACCGACUCGCCGUAUGUCGUGGCCAGUAUGGGGAUCAUGACUCGCAUGGGCACUCCUGUCUUGAAUAAACUGGCUGAUGGAACAGAGUUUGUCCGCUGUCAGCACACUUUGGGAAGGCCUUUACCGCUGAAGGCCCCCCUGGUGAACGCGUGGCCAUGUAACCCAGAAAAGGUGCUGAUCUCUCACCUGCCAGACAUGAGGCAGAUCAUGUCCUUCGGCAGCGGCUAUGGAGGAAACUCUCUCCUGGGGAAGAAGUGCUUCGCUCUCCGCAUCGCCUCCCGCAUCGCAAAGGAUGAGGGCUGGUUGGCUGAACACAUGCUGAUCCUGGGUAUCACUAAUCCUCAGGGUGUGAAACGUUACGUAGCAGCUGCCUUCCCCAGCGCCUGUGGUAAAACCAACUUAGCCAUGAUGAAACCAGCUCUGCCAGGCUGGAAGGUGGAGUGUGUCGGGGAUGACAUUGCAUGGAUGAAGUUUGACAGCCAAGGAAAGCUGAGAGCCAUCAACCCCGAGAACGGCUUUUUCGGCGUGGCUCCCGGCACCUCAGACAAGACCAACCCCUACGCAAUGGCCACCAUCGCCAAAAACACUAUGUUCACAAAUGUUGGAGAGACCAGCGAUGGAGGAGUGUGGUGGGAGGGACUCGACCCACCAGCAGCUGGGGUCACACUCACAGACUGGCACGGCAAGACCUGGAAGCAAGGAAGCUCAACUCCUUGUGCCCACCCCAAUUCCCGCUUCUGUGCUCCGGCGGCUCAGUGUCCCAUCAUCGACCCUCAGUGGGAGAGUGAGGAGGGAGUUCCCAUUGAUGCCAUCAUUUUCGGUGGCAGGAGGCCGGAAGGGGUUCCCUUGGUCUAUGAGUCCUUCAACUGGCAGCAUGGGGUCUUUGUUGGAGCAGCCAUGAGGUCUGAAGCCACGGCAGCUGCUGAGCAUAAAGGAAAGGUCAUUAUGCAUGACCCCUUUGCUAUGCGGCCAUUCUUUGGUUACAACUUUGGUGACUACCUCGCUCACUGGCUGAGCAUGGAGAGCCGGAAGGCCCCGACUCAACUGCCCAAGAUCUUCCAUGUGAACUGGUUCAGAAAGGACACGACCGGCGCCUUCCUUUGGCCCGGCUUCGGCGAAAAUGCCCGUGUACUAGAGUGGAUCUUCAAACGCUGCAGCAGGGAGCGGGAGGAUGAAGCAGCCAAGAAGAGCAUUAUUGGCUGGCUGCCAGAAGAUGGCGCCAUUGACACUACAGGUCUAGGCAGUAAAGUGGAUAUGGGCGCUCUGUUUGAUGUGCCUGCAGCUUUCUGGCAGAAGGAGACAAAGGAGUUAAGAGCUUACUUCUCUCAGCAGGUUGGAGCUGAUCUACCUGCUCAGGUGGAGGCUGAGCUGAAGGCUCUGGAGGACAGAGUGCACAGUUAAAAACCCCAGAAACAGGGAGGUAGUGAUGACAAAAGAUGAAGAUCAUUAGGGUGCAAUCAGAGUCACUGGCUAAGUUUAUUUACACUGACAAGUAGAUAAAAUACGGGUUCAGUAAAAACUGGAAUUUUUAUUUGUUAUGAAUUCAGUUCAAGAAAAACAAGACAAACAUUUUUUUCUCUGUAAACACAGUCAGUGAUUUUUAAAAUCUACCACACUUCUAGACAUGAAAGCUGCAAGCACCUAGGGACUGGUGCUGACGUUUGCUUUGAACAUGAAAGUUAGAUUUCUAAGAAAUUGUUAGACUUGUCAUCAAGAGAAGCACAUGUUUCUACCUCUAUUCUCUCACAGCCUUGCAUGGUACUAAAGCACAAUCAUCACAGCUCUGUAGUGCCUCUGUGACAUUAGGCAACACAGUUUCAGGGUCGUGAAUGUUUACAGGCUAAUAACCAAAGAUUUAGAAAAUUCUCACAAAGAAAAGAUGAGGUUUUAUCAUUUUUAUCACACAGAUUUUUAGUGAGUUUUAGCAUCAGCUAUUUUAUCAUUCUAUCUUUAGAGUUUCAUGAAAUUAAUUUAACUUGAUAUUUACAUCCUUAUAAACCAGACUGUGCCCAAGGAUUUCUAUGCAUAAUUUACGUUGCCACUUUUCUAAUGUUUGUGAAUUAAUUCUAUGAUUUCAGGUGAUGUUUACACAGAAUAUAUAAGAAAAAAUGUUGGACCAAUAAAUGCGACUGAGAUUAUGAGGUAUUUUUAGAAGAUGUUUAUUAAAAUGCCAUGAAUAAAUAUCUUUGAAU